GUCCUGUUCCCCGAGCUGCGGCAUGCAGUACAGCCUUGAAGUGCGCGGUCCAUCAAUAUCAGCAGUUAACGUUAACCAAGUCAUGGGCACUGGGGCACCUUUCGACUGCCUCGCUCGGUAUACGCCCUGAGAUUCUCCCUGGAACAACUACAAUCUAAUCGUAUCUUUGGGUUGGUAGACUAGAUCGCUCCGCUGCCCGACGUCCCACUACAGGGAUCAAACACAGCUAAUCGUAAUGCAGUGUAUUUUGACAACCCCAGGCUAAGGCGCUUCUUUUGUACAGCGCCGUGUUCACUGCAUAUAAAAGAGACUCGUUACCACAGCCUCUGAUGUUGUGAAACGACACUUUCCUUUCGAACCAUGUCGUACCGGGCCCCUCAAGAAUUUGAGCGCGAGGAAUCGAGUGGCGUUCGCUCCUCGGACCAUCCCACCGGCGGCGACAUGGGCUUAGAUGAAGAUCAAGGCUACGAAUCGCAAUGCAUGCCUCGCCGGUCAUCUCAGGUUUAUCAGUUCGGCUCACAAACGUACGGAGAAGACCAGCAUAACAUGCAUCAGGUCCUGGACACCUAUGGUCACCCGUACUCGCCUGUAUCACCGACUGCGCAGUUCACUCCCUCUCAAUGGUCUGAACAUGGGCUGGCCCAGUGGAAUCCGCUACUGCAUGGCCCCCAAGGUUAUGCAUUUCACUAUAGCAUUCCCACCGGCCUUCAUACCAACAUGUCUGCGAGGCAAGGUACCAAUCUGACGCUCGAAACCGAUAUCCCGAUGUCGCCCCAUAGUCCCCACAGCCCAGGUUAUCUCCAGCCACCCUCAGGUUUCCCGCCGAGUGCUUCAACCCUUGUAGAUUCUACUGCCCCAUUUCUCGAUAAGCUCCAGUCGCCCCUCUCCCCUGUGCCAACCCAGGCAUAUUCGCUACCUGCUUACCCUGCUUCAGCGGCCAUAGAAGGGAUCCAGAUGAAUAACCCGCAGCAUCUGCAGGCUUACCACAGUGCUGCUCGGAGGUGGAAGGAUGCGCAUUCACUCGAACCUGGGUCUGUCCCCCAGAAGAUGUAUAAGCCUCAGGCAGCGAACGACAGAAAGCGGUACAUCGAAGAGAUCGGAUUCGUACCGCCCAUAGAAUUCAGACAGCACGGCGCGAACCACGACGGAAUUUCCGUUCAUGAAGCUCUGAACGGCCAUCUUGGCAACUUGGUGGAUAGGGACGAAGAGGUCUUCACCAAUUGCGGCCCUUCGGUCUCGAUACGACUUAAUUGGCCUGGCUACGAGCCGUGGAGUAAGCAAAUACCCACAAAGAACUGGAAGUCCGUGCCGGGACCCAUUACUCGGCAGAAACUCGCUAAACAGGUCGCCCGUCGUAUCGAUGAUUUCAUUCGAAAGAUGCAGGCAAUGGAACACAUAGAUAUGGACGAAGACAGCGACGCUCGAUGGCGGGUUGGUACAAGCGGCAUCCAGCUACACGACCUCGAGCUGGUGAGCCUACACCAGGUCUCCAAAGGAAGCUGGCAACCCCAUCUACGCGUUAUCAACCUUCCCUACCACCAUUACUCGUAA